AUAUACCCGGCGACAUAAGAGGAGGGAAAACAGCAACAACAAAGAUAAUUUAAAAGAGAAUGGUUUUCUAAUAAAGUACAAGAAGCAUGGCACAUUUGGGGAACCCUCUUUUUGUAGUUGGUAUUGACUUUGGAACAACUUAUUCUGGCUAUGCAUUUUCAUCAAAAGCUGAUCCGUCAAAGAUCAGUACAAAUAUUUGGCAAGGCAGUAAACUGUUGUCGUUGAAAGCCCCUACGGCUGUUUUACUGAACAACAAUCAGGAGUUUGAAGCGUUCGGAUACGAGGCUGAGAAGAGGUUUUCCGAACUACUUGCAGAUGAAGAACAAGAUGAUUAUUAUUAUUUCCAUCAGUUUAAAAUGUUGUUACAUAACAACAACCAGAGAAUACAAAGAUCGACAAAAAUUACAGAUUACACUGGUAAAUCGAUGGAAGCCAUUAAAGUUUUUGGUCUAGUUAUAAAAUUUUUAAAGGAGCAGUUGAUAAAUAAAUUCAGGGACAAUGUGAACGUGGAUGACUUUUAUUUUGUGUUGACUGUUCCAGCCAUGUGGGAUGACCCUGCCAAACAGUUUAUGAGAGAAGCAGCAGAAACGGCAGGAAUACAAGUAAACAUGCUAACAAUUGCACUGGAGCCAGAAGUAACGUCUGUGUAUUGUCGAGAAUACAUGACAGAUCGAGACAUAAAAGGGAUGAAAUACGUUGUGGUGGACCUUGGAGGUGGAACAGCAGAUAUAGCAGUCUAUCAACAACAUCCGGAUGAUUUCCUAGAGGAAGUUGUUCCACCAAGUGGUGGAGCUUGGGGUGGUAUUGCUAUUGAUGAUGCUUAUCUAAGAUUUUUGGAAAAAGUAUUUGGAGAAGGAGUAAUGCAGGAACUAAAAUUGAAAGAAUUUAAGGAAUACACAGAUCUAAUUCACGAAUUUGAAGAUAAAAAACGAUUGAUCAAAUCAGAUACGACUACCGAUGUAGUUAUUACAAUACCUGUCGGUUUUAUGGAUAUCAUCAAGAAACAGUGCGGAGGAACAGAUGCAGCAAUAAAGAAAUCCCCAUAUAGUGAUUCACUUUGCCUCCGUGAUUAUGACAGUCUUUGGAUUAAUCCACAAAAGUUUAGAGACCUUUUCAAGCCUACUAUCAACUCAUUAUUAAAACACCUCGAACAACUUUUCCAGCAUCCGAAAGUUUCAGACAUACAAGAUAUCAUAAUGGUUGGCGGAUUUUCAAAAUGUGAACUUGUACAAAGAGCAAUGGAAGAUAAAUUUCCUAAAAAGAAAAUAAUCAUUCCAGAACUAACUGACCUUGCAGUUCUUAGAGGAGCAGUGUUAUACGGUCAUCAGCAUAAACCAAUACGCAGAUACAAAUUAUUUGUUGUGGCGAUAGAUUUUGGUACGACGUAUUCUGGAUAUGCAUUUUCAACUAAAAGUCAACCAAACAGCAUUUACACGUGCGAUUGGAGAAGGUCUAGUUUACUGUCUUAUAAAGCUCCAACUUCAGUUCUUUUAAAUCAUAAAAAAGAAUUCCUAGCUUUCGGAUAUGACGCAGAAACCAAAUAUAUGUCAAGCCUCGAAAACGAUUCGGAUGAUGAAGACAGCGAGGAGGCAAAAGAAGCAGUGUAUUAUUAUUUUAGAAGAUUCAAGAUGGCCCUCUACAAUGAGUCGGUAGACAUUGAUUCUCUAAUUAAAGACGAGUCAGGAUUUAAGAUGAAAGCGAUUGAUAUUUUCACUUUUGCCAUUAAAUACCUGAAAGACCAAACUAUUAACAAAUUGAGGAGAACGUUAACAGACGUUGAUAUAGCAGACAUACAUUAUGUGCUAACUGUUCCGGCUAUAUGGGAGGAUAAGGCGAAAAUGUUCAUGAGAAAGUCGGCUGAAAAGGCUGGAAUAAAAGGAUACCAGCUGACAAUUGCACUGGAGCCAGAAGCAGCAUCUAUAUAUUGUCAAGAAUUAAGGACAGAUCGAGAAAAUAAAACAAAUAUUACUUUCUCUGAGACGAUCAAGGAGGGCAUGAAAUAUGUAGUGGUAGACCUUGGAGGCGGUACAGCAGAUAUUACAGUCCAUGAAAUACUGACAGACGGUUUAUUAGAGGAAGUUGUUCCGCCAAGCAGUGGUGCGUGGGGUGGGACGGCCAUUGAUGAUGCUUAUCUUAGAUUUUUGGAAAAAGUGUUUGGAGAAAAAGUAGUGCAGGAACUAAAAUUGAAAGAAUUGGAGGACUACACAGAACUAAUUCACGAAUUUGAAGUUAAAAAACGAUCGAUAAAAACAGAUACGACUGACGAUGUAGUUAUUACAAUGCCUGUCGGUUUCAUAGAUAUUAUCAAGAAACACUGCGGAGGAAUAGAUACAGCAAUAAAGAAAUCCCCAUAUAGUGAUUCAAUUUCCAUCAGUGGUCAAAGACUACGUGUAAACCCACAAAAGUUUAGAAACCUUUUCAAGCCUACUAUCAACUCAUUAUUAAAACACCUCGAACAACUUUUCAGGCAUCCGAAAGUUUCAGACAUACAAUAUAUUAUUAUGGUCGGGGGGUUUUCAGAAUGUGAACUUGUACAAAAAGAAAUGAAAGAUAAAUUUCCUAAAAAGAAGAUUAUAAUUCCUGAGGAAGCUGGUCUUGCAGUGCUUAAAGGAGCCGUGUUAUACGGCCAUCAGCCUGAAAAGAUAAAGACGCGAAUUUUGAAAAAGACCUACGGGAUUCAGAGUUGGCCAGAAUGGGAUUCUGAAGUACAUCCGGAAACUAAACGUGUCCGAAUCGAGGGGACCGAUCGUUGUAAAGACGUUUUCUAUAAAUUUGCAGUAAAAGGUGAAAAGGUAGAAGCUGGGCAUUCCUAUGGACAAAUAUUCCAAGCUCUUAAACCUGACGAGAGAACGUUAGAGUGUACUGUUUAUAUAUCAGAUGACACUAACCCACGCUAUGUUACCGAUCCUAGUUGUCAGCGCCUUGGAAAUCUUAUUGUCCCGUUACCUCCCCUUAAUAAAGGACAAUCGCUAGAAAUUGAAGAAACAAUGAUAUUUGGGGGUACUGAACUGCUAUUUAGAGCUAAAAAUAUGAAGACUGGAGAAUUUUAUGAAACACAGUUUCAAUUCUAAAUCAAAUGUAUGCAUGUUAAUUAGACUAAAAUCAUUGUUGAAAAUGGGUACUUAAAAAUGUGUAAGAUGAUAAUGUCUGCAAUAAAUGGCUUUUAAAGAAGUUCUUGUAAAACAAAAUAUUGGACGACGAGCAAUUUUGUGGCGUUUAUAUAGGUAAGGACAAUACUAAUAUGAUAAACGGGAGGGAUUAUGCUUGAUUUUCAUAUCAGUUUAAUUGAGGUCUGGUAUGUCAGUAACAGUAAA